AUGGGUGCAGAUCAGGGCUAUAUCAGGUAAUAUUUUUGAUUAGUGACUGAAUUAAAUAAAUUGAAGGAACUGAAGAAGAAAUAAGUUCAAGAAUUGUUUAGCGCUGUAAUUUUCAGGUUUUCAUAGAGAUUUUUUGAAUCGAAGUUUGGUACGAGGCUGAAUUGGUCCGACGCCCAACACAAAUAUAUUCAACGUAACGAGGUGAUAAGAUUGAAAUGGUUGGUGGGAGGUGGAGAAAGAGACGAGACACACGAUAAUACAGUGGCUGCGACGGACCGGAGGGACCACCUCUCUCCAGGAAAAACGGCGCAGGAAUAGGAAUGGAAAUGGAAAAGGAGGAGGUUCUCCUGGACGCGUCUAUCUAUGCGCAUGCGGUGUGUGUGUGAGUGAGUGAGUGAGCGUUUCUGUGAGUGUUUGUUUGAGCGUUUCACUUGAAAUGCGACGACGGACCUUGUUUUGCGGCAGCCUCCUCACGUUUAGAAGGUCCCUUCGCCCGCCGCCUGUAGGCUGCUGCUGCUGCGGCUGGCGUCUCUCUCUUUAUCUUCUUUUGCCUCGCAGCGCCGCCUGCGGUCAACCUUUUUCUGGUUUUUUGUUGCGCCGUCGCUCCGCCGAGUGGUCCCCACGGCAACUUGCAGCUUGAGGCGAUGGUUCCGAUUCAAAUGGGGACAUUUUUUGGGAUGAAGGAUCAGCUUGAUCAAAAGAUAUUUGCAGGUGUUAGGGAAAGAAGCUGGAAAGAGAGAAAGACUUUAUAUGCUCGAAAAAAGAAAAAAAAGAUCUCCGAGUUUUGAAGUUUAAAUGAUGAUCGAAGUUGACUAGCGAUUAGAAAGUAUUGCAAUUUUCAUCUUCAGAAAAAAAUAUCACUGAGAAAUUAUCAAAAAGGGUUUGAGCAGAUUUGAAUGAAGUUGAAAACUUUCAUACAAAAAUGGAUUACGUGUUAGUUUUUACUGUGAGAUGAAGUAAAGUAUUGAUUGAAGACAUGAAUACUUUUUUUGAAAAUUUUUCUUUUUUUUUCGCUAAAUGGUCCUGACCAUAACUUGUAGCUUGAACGAAUCGUUCUAUGAGAGCGAGGUCGCAGAAAAUUUUACGGUACGUAGUUGCGAUGAUGGUUUACACAUGAGUGAGUCGAGAACCGGCAACCUUGUCCGACAAAAGUUUGAAAAUAUUGGGCUUCGAGAAAGUUUUCAGCCUUUGUAAAUACGAUAACUGUUUUAAAGUUAUUCCUGAGGACUUGAAGGCUCUCAGCAAUUCAAAGUCAUUUGAAAAUAUAUUCAGCAGAUUUUAGAACACCAAAAAAAGGUUCAUGUGUCGUGUACUUUUUUUGGGCCUCACGACAUUCUCAAAAAGUAUCUAUUUACCGUUGAAAAACUGUUGGAUUUUAUAUCUGUUUUCCUCAUAAUCAGUUCUUGAAGUGCAAUCGAAACCGAGAGCUUUAAAAAGUUUGUUUUUUUACUCCGAGGAAUCGAUUUUUUUAAAACAGUUUAUCUCUUUCUAUUAGACGAAAAAAAGUUAGGUUUCGAAAUUUUGUCAUAAGUAACAGUAAUCAGGAACAGACCAAUUACUUUUUUUAUUAUAUAAAGUUGACUUUUUUUCCAUUAAAUCUGAAUCAUUCAAUUGUGACUUGGCUGAUUUAGGGCACUCCCUUUAUAUGUCUCCUUUUAAUGAUAUGCGUUAUCAGUUUCUUCUUCGAGGCGAAGAGAUCGGGCCAGUGGCCCUUUCGGUUGCGAUGCGACGGGUUCCGACAAAAGAUUCGCGCGCCACCAGGAUUUGAAGCAAAAAGUCAGCAAAUUUCGUAUCGUGUGAUCUGAUGUAGGAAUUUGAUUUCAAAAAUGUUGGGAAUUCGAUAGUUUAGCUGCUCUUCGGCGAAUCUCAAGAGCUAGGGAUAAUCUUGCGACCUUAAUCCUUGAAGAUUUGAUUGCCGAGAAGGACCAUCUCGACGGAAAUCCCACGUGAAGAUGCUUAAAACAACGACUAAAGAGAAUAAGCCGCGGCACUCCGUGGAGUAGUCCUUAUCAUUACACGAAACGCUGAAAUGGAUGUAUGGAGAAGAGAAAAAAGAAAUCAGUUGAGAGAGGAAUUCCGAGGGCAUCUGAUAUAUCCUCUGGCUGCCAUGGGAACCCGAGGCUCGUUUGUUGUCAGACCAGCUACGAAAAAAUUGCGUCUGCCCUUUUUCUCGGAAAGAAAAAAAAAGGAACGAAAGGUCGAUGAUUAAAAAAAGCGUGGUCUGAUUGGGAGAAUUCUUCGGCAGUGGGAAGCUGAACUAGGAGUUCGCUUGCAUGAGAAAAGCUUAUCAACUUUGGUGAGGACCGAAUCUUUGUUGAAGGAAUUUUCAAAUGAAGUUUUAGUUUUCAACUUUAUUGGACACAUUUUAAAGUUAAGGUAUAAGAGAGUUUUCCAUGAAUAAAUUUUGAGUAAAAUUUAAAACAGGCUAGUGAAGGUUUUUGGCCUCCGGUUGAACUUUUGAUGGCACUUUAGGACCUCCUGAUUUCAGAUUAAAAAAAAAUUUCUCACAAUGAAUCUGUCCUUCGAGUUGAGGCCCUUCAAAAGCUUGAAGUUUUUUUGCCAAAAUAAACGUAUUUCGAAAACUUUAAAGCUUCAUCAUUCAAAAACGAUCUGUUGCUGUUGAUUCUGUUGCAAAAAGAAUUUUUUUUUGAAUUUAGGAAGUCCUAGAGUACAAUUCAGAAAGUUUUCAUCAGAAAUUCACUUUUCUUUCUUUUUGAAAAGGAAUAUUUUCAAGCUCAAAAAUUUUGAAUUCUUGCUCAAAGCGUCGAAAGAAAAAUUGAAGAAACAUGUUAAAAUUAUGAGUAAUUGUUUCACCAAAGAAAAAAAAAGUUUUUCAGAGAGUAUUGCAAAUGGUUGGCUAGUGAGUGCAUAACGACCUCGGCGAUCAGCGACUACCUGGACGCGUUCGCCGGCGGAAUGCAGUCGCUUCGCCUGCUCACUGUUCGCUACCUACAGAACUUCGAUGGAAAAGGAAUGACUGCUUGAAGGAGUGGCAGUCGAUCGAAAUGGGCGACGUCGGCGUCGUCGACGUUCCGAUGACGCUGUCGGCGCCGCUGCACACGGCUCUGUUCUCCCUCGCCUCGCGUAUCACCGACGCUUCCAUUUCACAUUUGCUCAGCAAGACCGUUCGCAAGACGCUGUCAGCGGCGGUGGGUACCUGUUUUUAUUUUUGUUUAUUGGAAAUAAGUGUUAGGUUCACCGAUUUAUAUUUCUUUGCUGGGAUUUCAAGAGGGCAUUCAUUCACCUCUUGGAAGUUCAUUCCAAUUGCAAUUGCGAAGUUUUACAGAUCUAGAAGGUGUUUUUAUUUAUUUAUUCAUUUUUUUCAAAUUCUUAUAAGGAAAUGAAUUUCCGAAGUACCGCUCAUUUUUAUAAGGCCUAUUUGAUGAAUCUCACAAAAAAUUAUAGUCUGUGUGCCACGACUUGAAAUUUUACCGAACGAUGUUCCGCUGUUCCGCUGCGUGCGUUCGCGAAGCGUCGUUCGAAUCUAGGUCACGCUUUUAAUUGAUUGUUAUUUCUGUGGGAGCACAUGAAAGUAGAAUACCUUAUAAAAGAAAAAAAAAUUAAAAAGCGCGACCUAGGUUCGCAAAGGCGCGCAGCGGCACAGCGGAAUGUCGUUUGGUGAAGUUCCAAGUCGUGCUACACAGGCUAUAACAGAUUUUGGUUUUUCCCACUUUUCCUCAUUGAAGAAUCAAAAAUUCAGAUUGCCGGUCGUUUCUAUGAGAUCCUCUCAGCGAGAAUCGGCGCUUCCCGCGAAAAAUCAGCAGAAUCCGUCGCCUCGCCGACGUCUCCUUCAGCCUCUUUUCAUCUGCCGUCGCGUUCUUCAACUCAGAUUCUCUUUGAUUGCCGAGUUCUAAACGCCAUGUUCCCGGAUGAAAGGUGCUUCGGAUGUUCAGGAUGGCUCCAAAAAAAUUGUCGAUGAGAAUGAAAAACAUAAACUUCGACAGAUUUCAUGAGUUUUUCGAAAAAAUUUCAAAUAAAUUUGUCGAAACUGAAUUCUCAUAAGAAAAAAAGGAGAACAUGCGAAAAAGGGUAUUCGAAGCUGUUUUCUAAUGCUACCAGGAAUUUUUGUAUCUAUCUAGUUAUUGAAAAUAAAACAAGAAAAUAAGUUCGAAAAGAAAAAAAAAAUUAAAUUGACCAUCUUCAUUAAUUUUUUUGAUACUUAAAAGUUUUUUUCCUUGCUGUAGUAGUUUUUUGCUUUUCUGUGAUUUUUUUUCACAGUUUUUUCAUUUUUUUCAGUAGUACGUUUUCAGAUUGAAAUCACUGGGUUCAAUCGUAGAAUCCCACAUGGAUCCUUUUGACGUUUCUUUGCUCUCUCCUCUCAUCAACACAAAUGUUCGACUUUCCUAUACUCGUUCUCAGGUGAGAAUUCUUCAAAAUAGAACUUCAAUGUGUUCAGGUUCUUUUUGCUUCCUUAUUAGUGGAGACCAUCUCCAGCAAAGAUAUUGAACUACCCACGUCUUAUUCAAAGGUAUCAAGCCUAUCAAUUGAGCUAUUUGGAACUUUUUGUUUCGAUUCAAGGUUCAAGAUAUUGUUGUCCAUGUCAAUCAGCCUUCGAGAAUUCCGAUGAUUCCGCGACUUGACAGAGCCUCGGUAGUUCUUGUUUUAUUGCAACGGAGUUAUUCAAUCAGUUUGUUUUCAGAUUCCGACAGAGUUGAAGAAAAGUUCGCGAUUCCCGAAAGAAAACAAGCUUCUCGCGAAUCCGCAGCAAGGUUAGUUUCAAAAAAGUUUAAGAGCAACAAGGUCGUGAUAAAAAGAUAAAUCUGAUUCCUAUUUGGUUACAGGAAACAAGGCGCCGUCUCUCAGUGCAUUUUACGAUCGGAUUUCGUCGAGUUGGUUCGGCGGAAACAACUGA